GAAAGACCCUCAUCAUCUGUGUUACAAAUGUUGCACAUGAGUGUUGGGGGGAGGUCGGCUGUGUUGCGAUUAACACGCUCCCUCAGCCCCGGUGUUCGUUUCAGUCUGCACUGAGAUAUCCUCAAGUCUGAACCCUGGGAUGAGGGGAUGAGGGUCACUCGCCAGAGGAUUUUUUUCUUCCUCUCUGUUUUUUUUUAUACUUUCUUCACGGGCAGAAGGCUGGUGUAAUAGAAACCAGACACAAGUCAGAAUGUAAGGCAUUCACAGCAGUGAGACCUCACUUUUUUCACAGAGUUGAAGGAAUACAGGAUUAAAAGAAAGUCUAGAUCAAAGCAGCACCAAAAUUGUUCCUUGUCUUUUUUUUUUCUUACCAAUCUGGAAGUUGUAAUAAGAAGAGGAAGGCUGGACAUGAGGAUGAAAUAUGUGUUCAAAGGAUCACAUCGUGGAGGGGAUAUCUAGAGAGGGCAGAGGAGACAUUCAGGAUGGGAAAUGCAUGUGCAACUAUUCCAGAUUCUAGUUGAAAAGCUUACCAGAGCAACAUGAGCUGGAGCUUUCUCACUCGUCUCCUGGAAGAAAUCCACCAUCACUCCACCUUUGUGGGGAAGGUGUGGCUGACCGUGCUCAUCAUCUUCCGCAUCGUGCUCACAGCAGUCGGAGGAGAGUCGAUCUACUCGGACGAGCAGACCAAAUUUAUCUGCAACACCAAGCAGCCGGGCUGUGACAAUGUCUGCUACGAUGCCUUUGCCCCUCUCUCACACGUCCGCUUUUGGGUCUUCCAGAUCAUCAUGAUCUCCACUCCCUCCAUCAUGUACCUGGGUUACGCAAUCCACAAGAUCGCCCGAACAUCAGAGGAGGACCGCAGGAAGCACAACAGGCUCCGAAGAAAGCCUCCUCCUCACUCCAGGUGGAGAGAAAGCCACCAUCUGGAGGACGUUUUAGAGGAGGAUGAGGACGACGAUGCUGAGCCUAUGAUCUACGAGGAUACACUUGAGGUGCAAGAGGCCAAGCCUGAACCUGUGAGCAGCACAAGCAGAGACCCACCAAAGCACGACGGACGCCGAAGAAUUAUGCAAGAAGGACUGAUGAGAAUGUAUGUUCUUCAGCUCAUGUCACGAGCUAUUUUUGAAAUUGCUUUCCUGGCAGGACAGUAUCUCCUCUACGGCUUUCGAGUUAGCCCUUCAUAUGUAUGCAACAGGAUCCCCUGUCCUCACAGAGUGGACUGUUUCAUCUCCAGGCCUACAGAGAAAACAAUCUUCCUCCUUAUCAUGUAUGUGGUAAGCUGUCUUUGUCUAGUUCUAAAUGUGUGUGAGAUGCUUCACCUGGGAAUAGGCACCUUUCGGGACACCCUUCGUAUGAAGAGGAUUCGGGGCCGACGGACGUCCUACGGCUGCCCGUUCACUCGCAACAUCCAAGGCUCCCCUCCAGGGUACAACCUUGUGAUGAAGACCGACAAACCUAGCAGGAUCCCUAACAGCCUCAUCACACACGAGCAGAAUGUGGCCAAUGUGGCCCAGGAGCAGCAGUGCAUCAGUCCAGAUGAGAACAUCCCUUCUGAUUUGGCCAGCCUUCAUCGGCACCUCCGGGUGGCCCAGGAACAGCUUGAUAUGGCCUUUCAAACUUAUCAAACCAAAAACAACCAACAAACCUCCAGAGCAAGUAGUCCUAUUUCUGGGGGCACAAUGGCAGAGCAAAAUCGAGUCAAUACAGUUCAGGAGAAGCAGGGAGCAAGGCCGAAGUCGGCCACAGAGAAGGCUGCAACUAUUGUGAAAAAUGGAAAGACCUCUGUCUGGAUAUAGAGGUGCAUCUCAUUUAGUAAAUUAACAGUAAAAACAUUUAGGACUUUGAGACUGCACUGAAACACAGCUGGAGGAUCUGUGUGUGAGAUGCAAUUUAAGACAAUAACAAGUGAGAAUUUCAAUCACACUUAAUGAAGAAUUACGGUUCAGUUUUGGGAAUAAAAAAGAAAAAUACUUUAAGGAAAUAUCCAAUCUAGUAUCAUGAAUCUUCUUUGUUACUGUUGUGUGUAAUCCUAUACUUAACAUAGUUUUUGGACACAUAAUUACCUAGUAAACAUCUCUAAUUCCAGCUAAAAUGUCAAAGUAUAAACAGACUGCUUGGAGCUAUUUAUCUGAACUACCCUUGACUGCCACUGAACUGGAUUAACAUGAAGACAUUUAACUUCUGUAAGUGUGUGAUUGUACCUUCAAUCCAAAUUAGAAAAAGUGGUGAAAAGCACAAAAUGCACAAUGAGUCAUUUCUUGAGAAUGAUGAUUGUUGUUGGAGGGAUGCAUGGGAAUUUUGAGAGGUUUUUUGGGAUGCAGUAUGGAUGAGUGUUGCUGGAAGCAGAUUUAAAGUGAAAUAUUUUGAUAAAGAUAUUGAAAAAGGGCUGUGUUAUGUCGGCUCUUGUGGUUAACAUCUGCUCACUUUGUUGGUCUUGGGCCAUAGCCUGCAAAGCCUUCAUCUACUCUAUAUUUCCUAAACCUGCAGUGGGGGUGAGGUAAGUGGAUAGCAGAUAUUUUUAAAAAAUAUAUAUAUAUUUUCUGCAAUCUGAAGCAGACGAUGCAUGCUUUACAACUGGGAACAUAGUAUACACAUAGGUUACAAUAGAAAACCCCACCCUUAGCUACUCAACUUCAUUUACCUUACGUUUAGGCAUGUUUUCCUUCAUUGAAGCAGUAUGUUUCUAGAAUUGGUUUCAGAGUAAUAUUUAAUCCAGCCUUCAGUGUUCUGAUACUUCAAAGUGCCUCAAACUUUUAAAGACUGUUCAAGUAUUUUAUUCAAGAGGAAAUAAAUCUAUUUGAAACCUGA